ACGUAUCUGUAGGCAUUGCUAUAGUUUUCCAGUCAGUUCAUACUUUAUAACGUCAAAAUGUGACACAGGUGUGUGCAUUGAAUUAAAACUGAGUCCUACAUGAGUUUACUGGUUUAAAUAGUAUGUACAUUUAGCGAUUUAUCGACGAAUUUACGUGACGGUGGGGAGUCGCCUGGCGAUGACGUCAGGACGUAUUCCACUGACAGCGGUGACGCCUGAUCAUUAAAAACUGCCAUUAAAAUGAGCGCAGAUAUUUUUGUGUAUUACUGUGAGUUUGAGACUCAUAAAAACAGCUUCGCGGUCCACCAGCUUGAAUAUUAACGGAGUAGAGACCUCACGGACAGAAUAAUCCGAUCGGCGUGGCAUCUGCCCGGUCCAGUCUGUGUUCUUUCCCCUGUACGUGCGACGGGUCUCGGUCCAUCUCGCCUCCGCUCUUCCUGCAGCCGAGCGGUUAGUCGCACCCCGAGCUGCGAUCUGACCCUAAACCCCGCGGACAGCAUCGAGCGGGUGCCCGGCGCAUUUAGCAUGUAAAUUCAACAUCCUGAAGGUUUCGGAUCAGUCUAUUUGUUUUCACAAUCACAAGCACAAUGUCAAGUCGAAGGAAGUCCACAACGCCCUGCAUGGUGCUUCCGUCAGAUGUCAUAGACCAAGAUCCAGACAUGGAGGCCCUGGAAGGGAAUGAUGGAGCUGAGAGUAUGGCAGACGGUCCUAUGGAGGGAGCAGUAGUUCCCAUGGAAACAGAGACGGAGUAUGAUGGGUGCCAUCUCUCUAGUGAGGACUGUCAUUCUUCAGGAAAAAGCUCAGGUCAGACGUCAAUAGAGCAGCCGGUCUCUAAUCUGACUGCCGAGGGUGGUUGUGUGCUGACAGAAAUGGAAGAUAGUGAUGAUCCCUCAGUUACUGGCAUUUCUCUCAGCAAGACUCCUAUAAUGAAAAUGAAAAGCAAGUCUGAACCCAAGAGAAUAGCCAUGUCUCUGAAAGGCAGUAGCGAAAGUGAAAUAGUGCCUGAAAGUGAGAUGGAACUGGAGCCGUUGGAAGCGUCUGUGAUGGGCUCCUCCAUGACAGGUGAGCUAAUGAGUCCACUGCUCACCGAAUCUGUAAAGCCCAGCGUCCUUGUCAAUAUUUCAAAUCCUGUGGUAGCAGAUCAAAAGAAGCUGAUAAUGAACCCUGCAACGGUUCUUCCCGCUGGCCUGGCUCAGGUACUUUCUGCCUUGCAGGCCCAGCAGACUGCCCAAGCCCAACUUCUCAUACCCGUGAGCAGUAUUCCCACCUACAAUGCCGCCAUGGACACCAAUGCAGUCCUGAUCAACACUUACAAGAAGUUUCCUUACCCAUCAGUGGCUGAGAUCAUGGGACUUUCCGCCCAGACCAAGUUCAGCGAGGAGCAGAUAAAGAUCUGGUUUUCUGCUCAGCGUUUGAAGCACGGAGUCAGCUGGACCCCGGAGGAGGUUGAAGAAGCAAGAAGGAAGCAGUUUAACGGCACGGUUCACACCGUACCCCAAACCAUCACAGUCAUCCCGGCUCAUCAUCUGUCCACCACUAAUGGCCUGCAGUCCAUUCUUCAGACCUGCCAGAUUGUGGGGCAGCCAGGUUUGGUUUUGACACAGGUUGGCACGGCUAACAGCCUCCCAGUCAGCACCCCAAUAACCUUGACCGUUGCAGGGAUGCCCAUUCAAAGCCAGACGCCCAAGUUCACAACCCAUCAGACAAGUCCUGCCCUUAGUGAAACAAAAAGAGCAACCACAAUCCAGCCACCAUCGCUGACGCCUCAGGAGAACUCUGCUCUCAGUGCAGACCACUUUGGCCUGCGACCUAAGAAAUCUAAGGAACAGCUGGCUGAAUUGAAAGCUAGCUAUCUGAAGAAUCAGUUUGCGUCUGAUGCCGAGAUAGCUAGACUAAUGAAGUUAACUAAUCUAACUAAAGGAGAAAUUAAGAAGUGGUUCAGCGACACUCGAUACAACCAGCGCAAUUCUAAGAACAGCCAUGCUUUCCUUGCUAGUGACCAUCCCAGGAGUAAUAGCAGCACCACCAUUGUCAUCGAUUCUAGUGACGAAACGCCCCAGUCUCCAACGCCAUCGCCCAUCAAGGAGAAGGAGACGAGGGCCAAGACCUGGAACACAUUCCCAGACUUUACUCUUCAGAAGUUUAAAGAAAAGACCCCAGAGCAAUUGGUGGUCCUAGAGGAAAGCUUUCAGAAAUGUGACACACCAACUGAUGAAGAGCUCAGUAGAUUAAGAGCGGAGACGAAGCUCACCAGGCGAGAAAUUGACGCCUGGUUCACAGAAAAGAGGAAAACCCCGGCAGCCGAUUCCCUGGAGGGAAAAACAGAUGGUGAAACGUCCCAGAAAAAACGCAGCCAGACUCCACCGGGUGGGAAAAGACUGAGCAAAGAAAAAGUUAGUAAGAAAACUCCAGAGCAGCUACAUGUUCUCAAAACUGCUUUUGUUCGCACCCAGUGGCCUUCGGCUGAAGAAUACGAUCAGUUGGCUGAAGAAAGUGGACUGCCUCGUUCCUACAUCGUCAAUUGGUUUGGUGACACGCGCUACGCCUGGAAAAACGGCAACUUGAAGUGGUAUUUUUACUAUCAGAGCGGCAACGUGAAUGGCAACAAAAACAGAAAGCGAAGGAUUCGAAAUCGAGGUUGGGGAAGAAGCCGUACUAGAAAACCGAAGAAGUCCACAGAAACGGAGAAGUCGCUGCCGAUCAAGUUCAAGUCUGGAAGAGAUAUUUUGAAGGAGUACUAUUUAAAGCACAAGUUCCUGAACGAACAGGACUUGGAUGAGCUUGUCGCCAAGUCCAACAUGAGCUACGAGCAGGUGAGAGAGUGGUUUGCUGAGAUCCAUCGGAAGGAGGAAAUGGGUACCAACCCAUUUGAAGAUAAAAUGGGAAAUGUAGAUGCAGAUGAGGACGAAGAUGAGUCACAGGGUGAAAAUGAAAGGGCAGCUGAGGAGCAAGGACCUUCCGCCAUGGGAGAAGAUGAUGGAGACGACGAUGAUGAGGACACGGAUGACAGUGAUUCCUGGGAGCCUCCACAUAGCGUUCGAAAAGCAUUGUCGGCAUCUGAGGAUCAGUGAUCUAGAUUUUGAGCAAUGGGUUUAAAUGUCCCCAUUAAAAUUUCAUGACCACGCGCCCUCUUUCACUGCACCCAUAGUUUCAUUUAAGGUUUGACAAGAUUGUUUCGUCAAAUCUUGCAACAGUCCUUGCAACCAAUUUUCUGCACCUUAAACUUUGCUCUCGCAAAGACAUCUUAUUCAAAGCCUCAAUGUUGGAUCGGUUAUGGUUUUUUAAGGGGGGCCUUUUAAUCAUUUAAAGUAAUUUGGAGAACUCCGUGCCAAAGUAUUGCAUUGAAUGUUACGGUUCUCUUCGAAUGGAAUAUGAAAUGCAUCCCUUUAUCCAAUCGACAUGACGUAUUCCUGAGGCGCCGUCAUGUGUGUGGUGUAAAAAACGAAACCAGCCACCUUAUUUGUGUAGCAGUUCAGUAGGAGUGAGACCAAACAUUUCCAAUACAAUUUUCAAAUUCAAUGACAUAAAAGUGUUUUAACUCUCAUUCCCAAUGUUUUUAUCAUGUAGUGGUUUAUUGUUGAAAUCCAUACUUACCCUUAACACAUACUAAAUAUGGAUACAUACCUGGGAUACAGCACACAGUACAUCUAACAGGACAGUUUGGGUACUGUAGUCCCUCUGACUGCCAUAAUGUGGGUCAUCCUUAAAACCUAUAACUCAUCAUCAUGUGUGGAAGAUUAUUUUAGCGACGUGACUAUUUUACAGCUUACACGUUUAUCAAGUGGACUGUUUUCGAGUAUUUUCUAAUUUUCAGUGGAAACAUGGACACAAUAACGAUUUUAUUUUUGCUGUCUAUUCAUUCAAGAUUUUUGUCUAUCAGAUUACUUCAACAAACAUAAAGAUGAUCGUAAGCUUGAAGGCAAAUGAUACUUUGAAUUGCUUGACACAUUUGAAAUGAUCAUGUGAAGAAAACGUAAAAAGCUCGUAAUCUGAAAGUGUUACAUGGUCUGUCAUUGUUUCUUGCUUCUUUUUUAUUAUUUUUGAAAACGUUCGAUUUAAGGGUCAGAAUGAGAUGCUAUCAAAUAAUCACUGAUGAAUUGUUACUUUGUGUGUGUGUAUAAUUGAAUUUUUUUCUAAUAUUCGUGCAUGAAUACACAGCACUAUUACUGGUACUUUAUAACUGCACCCCUUAGCAAGACAUUCAAUAUCUUCAUUAUAUUCGCAUGUAUUGACAUUGAGAUGAAUGAUGGAGAAGUGUUCAGUUUGUACAUAUACCUUUAUACUUCACUAGUAGUUUAAAGCGUUUUAUAAGUUUGUAUUUAUAGUAAUGAUGAAUUUUACCCUUACGUGAGUGAGUGAUCAUUAUUGUGUGAUAUGAAACCAACAUUUCACAGAUUUUAAAGCUCUAUACUGUCUCGAUAUGCUCCAGAUUUUUUACUUUCUGGUGAACAUUUAUUUGACUUGCUUGCAACCCUCUAAACUUAUUUUUUGUGAAUACUGUAGUAGUUUAUAAUAGGCCAGUGGUCAAAUCAGCCUCUGUAAACAUGGUAAGUACUGUUUGAACAAAAUAGCACAGUCAAACUUGUGUCCUCUCCACUUUUAUUGACCGAUCCUUUUAUGUUUUUUAUAGUUUGAGAACCUUUGACUGGGAUCUUGCGUUUAGUGCUGAAUCUAAUUACAGUUGUAUGUUGUGCUUCCUUCAGCUGAUUCUAUUAACAUUCAACCGCAUUGUGUUGCUAAAUGGUUAUCACUUUAGUCUGGCUGUUACUAGGCUCUGUAAAAAACAAUUUUUUAUGCCGAUAUGAAACCGUAAUGAAUUGUAAUAUAAAAACGCUUGAUGAGCCUUAAAAUCUGUAGACGCCUCUUCGGUGGCAAAAGCUUUAUUUCCCCGAGCCAUAGUCUUUGUGCAAUGCUUUUAAUUUAAUUGAAUUGUUUUAAUAGGCUUUCGCUUGAUUUAGACUAAAUAUAUAUAUAUUUUCUACUUGUUUGAGGAUGACACAAUAAAUUUGAAAAAAUU